UUAAUUUUCCGAAGUACCCUUUCAUUUCCUUUAGCUUUCCCCCUGUUACAAAAUUCUUUUCUUUUCCCUCUUUCCCCUUUCUUAUUCAAAACCCUAGCACUCUCAUCUCCAACUUGAUCCCUCUUCCCUGUAGAUAAUCUAGAAAAUAGAAGCGAAGACUGGGCGAAAAUGAUGAGACUUUUCAGCAGGGGCUCCGCCGGUGAAUCUCCGCACACGGCGUCUCCUUCGAUUCCGCCUGCACCUGUUUCGUCUAAUAUGUCCGCCGGACCAGCGAGGCCGAUUCGUCUUGUGUACUCCGACGAAAAAGGUAAAUUUCACAUGGAUCCCGAGGCGGUGGCGUUGCUUCAGUUGGUGAAGGAGCCGGUUGGUGUGGUAUCGGUAUGCGGCCGCGCUCGUCAGGGCAAAAGUUUUAUACUAAAUCAGCUUCUUGGAAGGAGCAGUGGAUUUCAAGUGGCAUCAACACAUCGUCCUUGUACUAAAGGUCUUUGGUUGUGGAGUACCCCACUACGCAGAACUGCACUUGAUGGAACAGAGUACAAUCUUUUACUUUUGGACACCGAAGGAAUUGAUGCUUAUGACCAAACAGGAAAAUAUAGCACCCAGAUAUUCUCAUUGGCUGUGCUGUUAUCAAGCAUGUUUAUAUACAACCAGAUGGGUGGUAUUGAUGAGGCUGCGCUUGAUCGCCUCUCUCUUGUGACUGAGAUGACCAAGCAUAUUCGUGUCAGAGCUUCUGGGGGUAGGAGUACAGCUUCGGAGCUGGGGCAAUUUUCCCCAAUCUUUGUCUGGCUUCUAAGGGAUUUUUAUCUAGACUUGGAGGAGGAUAAUCGCAAAAUUACACCGCGCGACUACCUAGAGCUUGCUUUGAGACCAGUUCAGGGCGGCGGGAGGGAUGUAGCUGCCAAGAAUGAGAUUCGGGAGUCCAUUCGAGCUCUUUUUCCAGACAGGGAAUGCUACACACUUGUUCGACCUCUGACCAAUGAGAAUGAUCUUCAACGUCUUGAUCAGAUUCCGCUGGAGAAAUUAAGGCCAGAAUUUAGGUCUGGUUUAGAUUCUUUGACAAAAUUUGUUUUUGAGAGGACAAGGCCCAAGCAAAUGGGGGCAACGGUUAUGACAGGACCCAUUCUUGCUCGUAUAACGCAAUCAUUCCUGGAUGCUCUUAAUGAUGGUGCGGUGCCUACAAUAACCUCUUCAUGGCAGAGUGUUGAGGAAGCUGAAUGCCUGAGAGCGUAUGAGUCUGGUACUGAAGUCUACAUGUCUGCCUUUGAUCGCUCCAAGCCUCCAGAAGAAGCUGCCCUACGAGAGGCACAUGAAGAUGCAGUUCAGAAGUCGAUGGCCACGUUUAAUGCUACUGCUGUAGGGGCUGGUUCAAUCAGGCAAAAGUAUGAAAAGCGUCUUCAGAGUUUCUUGAGGAAGGCAUUUGAGGAUAUCAAAAAGGAUGCUUUCAGGGAGGCCUAUCUGCAAUGUACAAAUACUAUAGAAAAUAUGAAAGAGGAGCUCAGAAAAGCUUGCCAUGCUCCUGAUGCAAAAAUAGACGCUGUUCUAAAGGUUCUUGAUGGGCUCUUGUCGAAAUAUGAAGCUACAUGUCAUGGACCAGAGAAGUGGCGAAAAGCAGUUCUGUUUGUGCAGCAAAGUUUUGAAGGUCCCCUUCUCGACUUGAUCAAGAGGCAAAUGGACCAGAUUGGAACAGAAAAAAGUUCUCUUGCUCUGAAAUGCCGGUCAAUCGAAGAGAAGUUGAAUUUGCUCAACAAACAACUGGAAGCAAGUGAGAAGUAUAAAUCUGAAUAUUUGAAGCGUUAUGAAGAUGCAAUCAACGACAAGAAAAGGCUUGGAGACGAUUAUAUGAGCCGCAUAACUAAUUUGCAGAAAAAAUGUAGUUCUUUGGAAGAGAAAUCCUCCAACUUAUCAAAAACACUUGAUACAGCAAGGCAGGAGGUCAUGGACUGGAAAAGAAAGUAUGAGUUGGUCUUUUCAAAGCAGAAGGCCGAGGAAGAGCAGUUUAGUGCGGAAGUUGCUAUGCUUAGAUCCAAAAGUUCUGCUGCCGAUGCAAGACUAGCAGCAGCUCAGGAGAAAGCUCAAUCUGCUCAGGAAGAGGCGGAGGAGUGGAAGCGUAAAUAUGAUAUUGCUGUAAGAGAAACGAAAAAUGCUCUGGAGAAAGCUGCUGCUAUUCAAGAGCGCAUAAAUUCUCAAACGCAAUCCAGAGAAGCUGCUCUAAGAGCAGAAUUCUCUACUGCUCUGGCAGAGAAGGAGGAUGAAAUAAAGGAAAAGACUACUAAGAUUGAGCAAGCUGAGCAGCGUUUGACUACUUUGAGUUUGGAAUUGAAGGCUGCUGAAUCAAAGAUUAAGAACUACGAUGUGGAGAUGUCAACACUAAAGCUUGAACUCAAGGAGCUCGUUGAGAAGGUAGAAAGUGCAAAUGCUAAUGCUCUUUCAGCUGAAAGCAAAGCCAGGAUUUUGGAACAGGAAAAGAUACACCUGGAGCAGAAGUACAGAGCUCAAUUUAACAGAUUUGAGGAAGUCCAGGAAAGGUGUAAGGCAGCUGAGAAAGAGGCUAAAAGAGCGACUGAGUUGGCUGAUGAAGCCAGGGCAGAAGCAGCGUCUGCCCAGAAGGAUAAAAGUGAUCUUCAGCGUGUGGCAAUGGAAAGAUUGGCACAAAUUGAGAGAGCUGAGAGGCAUGCUGAGACUUUGGAGAGGCAAAAGGGGGACUUAACUAAUGAAAUGGAGAGGUACAGAGCAGCUGAAAGAGAUGCGUUGUUUAAGGUGGAAAUGCUGGAGGAGAGAGUUAGGGAAAGGGAAAAAGAAAUUGACUCACUUUUGCAGUCUAACAACAGCCAGAGGAAGAAUACUGUUCAGGUACUUGAGACUUUAUUGGAGAGUGAACGUGCUGCACAUGCAGAAGCGAAUAACAGGGCAGAGGCCCUGUCAGUUCAGCUACAAGUCACGCAAGGAAAGCUUGAUGAACUUUCUCAAGAAUUGACUGCUCUUAAAUUUGGUGAAAAGUCGACAUUGGACAGUAGAUUGAGAACUGCUUCCCAUGCUAAACGUGGUAGGACGGAUGACUAUGAAAUGGGCGUCGACUCGGUACAUGAUACAGGCAUAAAUGACAAAGUAACCAGAGCAAACAAAAGGUCCAAGAGUACCUCUAGCCCUAUGAAGUUUGCUGCUCCAGAAGAUGGUGGCUCUGUGUUCAGGGGUGAUGAGCAAACCAAUAGCCAGCAAACCAAUGUGGAGGACUACACUAAGUUUACGGUACAGAAACUAAAGCAAGAGCUUACCAGUCAUAAUUUUGGUGCUGAACUGUUGCAAUUGAAGAAUCCCAACAAAAAGGACAUAAUAGCUCUGUAUGAGAAAUGUGUUCUCAAGAAGUCAUAAUUUGAGUAAAUGGUUGUAAUUAGACUUGGUCCUCCAACAUGUACAUUGUUCGAGAUAAUCUAAAAAUUCGUUUUCAUUUAGUUGUAGUGCUGAUUUUGGAACUUUGGCAGUGAAGACCGGAAGAACUUAACAGUAUUGGGUGGUGAUGAUUGAUGAGUUUGCUAGCUCUUGUUGUGAUGCAAUUCCUUCUUUCGGGACAAAUAUUUUCCUGAUUAGGCAACGGUAUCCCUGGAGUUUGUUUGUUGUUUCUCAAGGGAACCGAGGGUGAUGUAACAUUAGUUAUACUGUGGCUUGACAGUUUAGGUAUAUAGAGAGGCAGGUGUUAUUUGUUGGGGAGGUUAUGGUUGCGGAGUUUGUUUGAUGGGUUUAUUUAAUGAUGGUUUUGUAAUUUUACUGA